UUUUUUUUGUUUUUGUAUGAGAGGUUCUAAUUGCUUUAUAUACCCUUGUAUACUUUAUAGCUUUUUUUUUUUAAUACAAAUAUGAUUUACUUAUAAAAAAAAAAAAAAAAAAAGAAGAUAAAUGAGAGAGCAGGCAAGAAAUUAGAGGAGGUGAGACCGUGAGAAAACAAGUCACCCACGCAGGGAUAGCAGUCAAGAGUGGCAGAGUUUCAACGUUUUUAUCACAUCAACCAAUAGGGGAAAGCCACGUGUCGUCAAGGCAGCGUCCCUCCGUAAGACCUAUCGCCGCUUUGUCCCAAGACUUUCCAAAAGUUCAUUUGAGCGUCUAAACGGGACCAGUAGGGAGCCAAAAAGCAACAAAAGAAAAAGAUUCUGGGCAAUGAGUUUCCGAAUCAGGGUUGAAUUCAGGAGACGGAGCUGAAGCUAGCCGAGCUUUUUGAUCUCUGUGUGUGUGUUGUUUGGUGGAUUCGUUUUGGGACAGUUGGAUUUUGAUGGAUACCAAUAAUUGGAGGCCUGCUCAGGCUGAGCCGGCCAUGGAUGGGGGCGAUUGGAGGACCCAGUUGCCCCCCGAUUCACGCCAAAGGAUUGUCAACAAGAUAAUGGACACUUUGAAGAGGCAUCUUCCUGUUUCUGGACAAGAGGGUCUGCAUGAGCUUAGGAAAAUCGCUGUAAGGUUUGAAGAAAAGAUUUAUACAGCCGCCACGAGCCAGUCUGACUACCUGCGGAAGAUAUCACUGAAGAUGCUGACAAUGGAAACGAAAUCUCAGACUGCAAUGCCUAGUAAUCUGCCAUCGAACUCAGCUGGCAAUAGCAAAAAUCCCCCAGAUCCAGCAUCUCACAGUAUGCAACCCCAAGUGCACAACCAAGGGCAACAGCUCCCUGUCCCAUUGGCACCUAAUCAGUCUCAAACACGGCAACAGCUGCUGGCCCAAAAUAUUCAAACUAACAUUGCAUCUGGAGUACCAAGUUCUGCCAGCUUGCCAUCCACACUAUCUUCUGUUACUAGUUUGAACCAGACUCCCAUGCAAAAUGUUGUUGGCCAGAACUCUGGGAUGCAGAACAUCUCUGGCAUUCCACAGAACUCAGUAGGGAAUUCAAUGGGACAAGGGGUGCCUUCAAAUAUGUUUGCCAAUUCUCAGAGGCAGAGCCAAGGAAGGCCACAGGUAGUUCCACAACAGCAACAGCAGCAGUCCCAGAGCUCACAGCAGUACAUUUAUCAGCAGCAGUUGCAACAUCACCUUUUAAAACAGAAGUAUCAGCAACAGCAGCAGCAGCAGACUCUGUUACAAUCAAAUCAGUUCCAAUCGUCUCAGCAAUCCGUCAUGCAAACUUCAUCUGGUAUGCAAUCAGCUCCUCUGUCUGGCCUUCAACAGAAUCAGCCGUCUUCUGUUCAACAGUCAUCACAAUCUGUGCUUCAGCAACAUCCACCGGCGGUUCUCAGGCAACAGCAACAGCCACAACAGACUCCUGUUAUGCAUCAACAGCAAACAUCAAUGACACAGCAGCCAAUAUUGCCCUCACAGCAGCAGCAGCAGCUUAUAGGACAACCACCCAAUGCUACAACCAUGCAAUCAAAUCAGUUGAUUGGACAACAAAACAGCUUUUCUGACUUGCAGCAGCAGCAGCAGCAACAGCAGCAGAGGCUGCUAAGCCAGCAAAAUAAUCUUCCAAACCUGCAGCAGCAGCAACAGCAGCAGCAGCACCAGUUGAUGGCUCAGCAGAGCAACCUUUCGAAUAUUCAUCAGCAACAGCUGGGCCAUCAAAGUAAUGUUUCUGCACUGCAGCAGCAGCAACAAAUGCUUGGAACUCAAUCUGGUAAUCCUAGUAUGCAGACUAAUCAGCACCCUGUACAUAUAUUGCAACAAUCCAAGGUUCCAGUUCAGCAACAAACGCAGCAGGGUGUGUCAAAUUUGCUGGCAACACAAGGGCAGCAGUCACAACAACAGCCAUCACAGCAGCAACUGAUGUCACAGUUUCAAUCACAGUCAACACAGUUGCAACCACAGCCAAAUUCAUUACAGAGAGACAUGCAACAAAGACUUCAAACCUCAGGGGCCUUGCUUCAAACACAGAAUGUUAUUGAUCAGCAGAAGCAGUUAUUUCAGUCCCAAAGAGCUCUUCCAGAAGCAUCAUCAACUUCUUUGGAUUCCACAGCCCAGACAGGGACUAUUAAUGUGGGUGAUUGGCAAGAGGAGGUGUAUCAAAAGAUAAAAAGAAUGAAGGAGAUGUACUUACCUGAUUUAAAUGAGAUGCACCAGAAAAUUGCAGCUAAAUUGCAGCAGCAUGAUUCUCUUCCUCAGCAACCAAAGACAGAGCAGCUCGAGAAGCUCAAAAUAUUUAAAGCAAUGUUGGAGAGGAUGAUUACAGUCUUGCAGUUGUCCAAGAAUAGUAUUACACCUAAUUUCAAGGAGAAGCUGAUCGGCUAUGAAAAGCAGAUAGUUAGCUUUAUUAACACACAUAGGCCCCGGAAGCCUGUUCCUCCACUGCAACAUGGACAAUC